ACUAUUAAUUUACUCUGUGUUGAUUGAAUUUGUAACGUUUUAUCUGUAUUAAUUAUAUUCUGUGUUAAAAUGUCGUCGUUGUCGAGCCUACUACCGGCUCCCACUCAACAAGUGUGGGACCGUGAUGAUGAAUUCAAAGCCAAACGAGUCGGGAGUGCCCUGGUUGUUUCACAAAGUAGUGUCCCUCCCUAUGGACAGAGGAAAGGAUGGGUUCCUCGCAGUACGGAAGACUUUGGAGAUGGUGGAGCAUUCCCAGAGAUCCAUGUUGCCCAGUAUCCCCUCAACAUGGGAGCACGAGGCAAGGAGAGCACAUCCAAUGCCCUUGCAGUCCAGCUGGAUGAGUCUGGGCGUGUGAAAUAUUCAGCUAUUGCCAGACAUGGUCACAGUGCGGACAAGAUCAUCUACUCAAAACUCACAGAUCUCCUGCCAUCAGAGGUACUCGCAGAAGAUGAUCCAUCUCUUCAGAAGCCUGACGAUGAAGACAUACAAGAAUUGACAGAGAAAACAAAGCAAGCAUUGGAGAAACUGACGAAUGCUAAAAUAUCUGCUGCCAUGCCUGUAAAAGCUGCUCCUAAAGCUGCGCCUGCGCAGUACAUCAGAUAUACACCAGCGCAACAGGGCGGCGCUUUCAAUUCCGGCGCCAAACAAAGAGUUAUCAGGAUGGUGGAGGCGCAGGUGGACCCGAUGGAGCCGCCGCGGUUCCAGAUCAACAAGAAGAUCCCGCGCGCCGCGCCCUCCCCCCCCGCGCCCGUGCUGCACUCCCCCCCGCGGAGAGUCUCCGUCAAGCAGCAGCGCGACUGGAAGGUCCCGCCCUGCGUCUCACAUUGGAAGAACGCCAAAGGUUACACCAUACCUCUCGAUAAGCGAUUGGCUGCGGACGGCCGUGGUCUUCAACAAGUGCACAUAAAUGAGAACUUCUCCAAGCUAGCGGAGGCGUUGUAUAUAGCUGAUAGGAAAGCAAGAGAGGCGGUCGAAGCUAGAGCACAGUUGGAGAGGAGAUUGGCGCAGCGGGAGAAGGAGAAGAAGGAAGAACAUUUGAGGAUGCUGGCGCAGAGGGCCAGAGAUCAUAGGGCCGGUAUCCACGGUCCUGAAGACGGCGAAGGUGCAGGUCUGGGGGCAUCAGUGGACGAUGUCGCCGAGAGAGACCAGCUGCGAGCUGAACGGCAUCGGGAGCGACAACGAGACCGGAAUCUAGCACGAGCCGCACCUGACAAGAGAUCGAAACUAGUGAAAGACAGAGAGCGUGAUAUAUCCGAGCAGAUCGCACUCGGUCUUCCGGCCAAGACCAACCAGUCCGGCGAGGGCAUGUUCGACCAGCGACUAUUCAACAACAGCAAGGGGAUGGACAGUGGAUAUGGUGAUGACGAAGCGUAUACAGUCUAUGACAAGCCAUGGCGUAAUCAAGAUUCUGUGGGAGCACACAUCUACAGACCGACUCGACACGUAGACAAGGACAAUUACGGUGGAGAUAUUGACUCCAUAGUGAAUCAACGCAGGUUUGUAGCAGAUAAAGAAUUUGCCGGUACCAGCAGCACCAACACGAGAUCAGGCCCCGUGCAAUUUGAGAAAGACGCUCCCUCUAGAGAUGACGCACCGCCGGCGCGUAAUCAACCGGAUGCAGACUUCGAUCCGUUCGGUCUGGAUCGGUUCUUGACGGAGGCUAAACGCGCAGACAAGUCUGGCCGUAAGCGUGACCACCACGAGAGGCAUGAUCAACACGGGAAGAAGAGGCGGGACUAGUCAAUUGACACGAGAUACCAUAUUCCAACGCACGAUUGUUACUUCCUAGGUGUAAGAUUAAUAAAUAGUAAUAAAUUCGUUUUAUAUUGUA